AUAUAAACAAAUACGGCUGUUUACUAUGGCUCAAAACACCAUCGCUGCAUUAUUUUUCACUUGAGUUGGGUCUAACUUUCGGUUCUCUUCACACGCUGACUCUUUGCAUCUGUAACUAGCUUGUUAAACAUUAAACACACAAAUUUAACUGCGUGACCAACGUUCACAAUCAUGUGGGCGGAAUCCUCUUGGGUUUAUAGGGUAUUUUCAUCAUUCUCUGUUCUACUUAUGACAAUGGACACUGAAUUUCAAGGAGCUGAAGGAGAUGCAUCAGCUGAUGUUGACCACCAUCUUGAAAUGGGUAAAAGACUGCUAGCAGCUGGUCAACUCACAGAAGCAUUAUCACAUUACAACAUGGCUGUUGAUGGUGAUAAAAGUAACUACCUUACCUACUUUAAACGUGCGGCUGUACUGCUUGCGCUUGGAAGGUCAAAGUCUGCACUGCCAGAUUUAGAACGUGUCAUAGAGCUAAGGCCAGAUUUUUUAAAGGCCCGCUCACAACGUGCAAAUAUCUUUUUAAAGCAAGGUCAUCUGGACAAGGCUCUUAACGAUUACAACUCAGUUCUGUCUAGUAACUCUGGUGAUGAAGAAGCGCAAAAAAUGAUCUCUACCAUUCAAGAAGUGAAGCAGAAUAUAGCUACUGCUGAAGAAUUAUUCGAAGACGGGCAGUACCAGUCAGUUAUUGACAUUUUGGGAAGUGCAGUGGAGCUAUGUCCAUGGAGUGUAAAGUUAAGAGAGAUUAGAGCUGCAAGCUAUCAACAAGUUGGAGAACUGUUCAAAGCCAUUCAAGAUCUUAGACCGACAACUAAAUUAGUGAGUGAUAACACGGCUGGUCAUUUAAAAAUAAGUUACUUAUAUUACGCCAUUGGAGAAGGAGAGGACUCCUUAAAGGAAAUUCGUGAAUGCUUAAAGCUUGACCAAGAUCAUAAAGAAUGCCAUAAACAUUAUAAAAAAGUGAAAAAGUUAGUACGAUUUUUUGAAGAUGCAACAAAAUAUAUGGAUAAAAACGAGCAUAACGACGCCCUAUUUAAAUUAAAAGCAGCUUUAAAAUUAGAAAAUAAAAAUCAAAAAUUUGUAGUGAAAGCGAAAGAGAAGAUGUGCACAUGUUAUUUGAAGAUACAAAAUAGUAAAGAAGCCAUUAAGUUAUGUACAGAAACGAUAGAGCUAGAGCCUCAAAAUGCGUAUGCAUAUUGUGAUCGAGCAGAAGCUUACUUAUUAGAGGAUAAACUCGAUGAUGCAUUAAAAGAUUAUCAAGAAGCUAAAAAUAUUAAUAAUGAUUUACACAGAGCGAAAGAAGGUAUCGAUAGAGUAAACAAAUUAAUAAAACAAGCUAAGAAGAGAGAUUAUUAUAAAAUAUUAGGGGUUACCAGGUCAGCAAGUAAGGCUGAGAUAACGAAAAAAUUCCGAAAAUUAGCGUCUAAAUGGCAUCCAGAUAGAUAUGACGGAGAUGAUAAGAAAAUGGCGGAGAAAAAAUUUAUUGAUAUUGCCGCGGCAAAGGAAGUGUUAACUGACCCUGAAAAACGAGCAAAAUACGACCAAGGAGAAGAUCCGCUCGACCCAGACUCACAACAAGGUCAAGGAUUUAACCCAUUUCAACAUUUUCAAGACUUUGAUGAUUUUGGUGGCGGUGGAUUUGGUUCAUUUAAAUUUCAUUUUAACUAGCGAAAAA